CAGUGGAGCUGUGGGAGCCAGAUGCACGCAAUGCAAGUAGCCAGGCCCAGGGAGGCAGCAGCUGCAUCCUCAGAGAGGAGGACAGGACACCCCAAUCUGCUGGGGGUAUGUUGGGGGUGGGGCUGGAGGCAGCAGAGCCCACAGCCCUGCUCCCCAGGACGGAGGCCCCUGCAGAACCCACAGAGCUCCAUCCACAAAAGAGGAAAAAGGGGCCAGCCCCCAAAAUGCUGGGGAAUGAGCUGUGCAGUGUGUGUGGGGACAAGGCCUCCGGCUUCCACUACAACGUGCUGAGCUGUGAGGGCUGCAAGGGAUUCUUCCGCCGCAGUGUCAUCAAGGGAGCUCACUACAUCUGCCACAGCGGUGGCCACUGCCCCAUGGACACCUACAUGCGUCGCAAGUGCCAGGAGUGUCGGUUUCGCAAAUGCUGCCAGGCCGGCAUGCGGGAGGAGUGUGUCCUGUCAGAAGAACAGAUCCGCCAGAAGAAACUGAAGCGACAAGAGGAGGAACAGGGUCAGGCCACAUCUGUGCCCCCAAGGGCUUUCUCACCUCCCCAAGUCCUGCCCCAGCUCAGCCUGGAGCAACUGGGCAUGAUUGAGAAGCUGGUUGCUGCCCAGCAGCAGUGUAACAGGCGCUCCUUUUCUGACCAGCUUCGAGUCACGCCUUGGCCCAUGGCGCCAGAUCCCCAGAGCCGGGAGGCCCGUCAACAGCGCUUUGCCCACUUCACUGAGCUGGCCAUCAUCUCUGUGCAGGAGAUCGUUGAUUUUGCCAAACAGCUUCCUGGCUUCCUGCAGCUCAGCCGGGAAGACCAGAUCGCUCUGCUGAAGACCUCUGCAAUCGAGGUGAUGCUCCUGGAGACAUCUCGGAGGUACAACCCUGGGAGUGAGAGUAUCACCUUUCUCAAGGAUUUCAGUUAUAACCGGGAAGACUUUGCCAAAGCAGGGCUGCAGGUGGAGUUCAUCAACCCCAUCUUUGAGUUCUCCAGAGCCAUGAACGAACUGCAGCUCAAUGAUGCCGAGUUUGCUUUGCUCAUUGCCAUCAGCAUCUUCUCUGCAGACCGGCCCAACGUGCAGGACCAGCUCCAGGUAGAAAGACUGCAACACACAUAUGUGGAGGCCCUGCACGCGUACGUCUCCAUCCACCACCCCCAUGACCGCCUGAUGUUCCCACGGAUGCUAAUGAAACUGGUGAGCCUCCGGACCCUGAGCAGCGUCCACUCAGAGCAAGUGUUUGCACUGCGCCUGCAGGACAAAAAGCUCCCCCCACUGCUCUCUGAGAUCUGGGAUGUGCAUGAAUGACUGUUCUUCCCUUGUAUCUUCUGUGUUCUGGGCCGGAUGGCUGAGGCCCUGUGGCUGCCUCCUAGAGGUGGAGCAGACUGAGAAGAGCAAACAUUCCUGGGAGCAGGGUGAAGGAGAUUCUCACGUGGCAUUAAAGGACAAACAAAGGGUUGGGAGUUCUGUGGCUGCUGGGCAGUGGGAGGCCUGCUAAGGCUGUGCCCUAUUUGAAGACGGUACUCACCCAACCAAAUGAAUGAACCUGGGGGCCACUUUGCACAAGUUUCUCCAGGGCCCUUAUCAUCCUGCCUCCACCACUUCCUGUUUUCCCCACAGGGCCCCAAGAGAAAUUCUCCACUGUCACUCUGUGGCUUGGCCAUAAAUGCCUCCGGGCAGCCUCACUAAUAGGUCUGGCACUGUUUGAACAGGAAGACCAAAAUGAAUACAAAAUGAGAGAAACCAAUUUCUGGUUUGGGAGUGGGGACACGGCAGCAGAGGAGGAAGCCUGGUCCUUUAGGAUCUGCCUCCAGGCUCAGAGGAGGGAGACAAGUCACAAGUGACAGUCUUGGCAAUGAGAGGGAGGCCUCCUUCUACUAGCCCUGUUGCACCAUAUAGGUGAAUGAAAUGCUGAGCCUUAGACGCCCCUUUCCCCUUUAAUGAUCCAGAUGGGAUCGGGUUGUCUUUUUGGGGGGAGGAAGUGUUGGAUUUUCAGAACUAAUAUCCCAGCUGUGCACCUCACGUGCAUGUGUAUACUGCCUUAGUUUUUCCGCUGGCAUCUGAAGAAGAGGGCACACCUGAAAGGCCCAGGGCCGGAGAAGCCCUCCUUUCGGCCCCCAGGCCUGUAGGACAGAAACAAAAGUCCCCCCAGUCUACAGGGAGGCUGCCCGGUGACGGGUUUGGCUUCCCAAAAGGACUGGACUCCAUUUCCCAGCGGACACCGCGGCGCCGUUGGCACGCCCCUCCCUUGGUCCGAGCCCUGAGUAGGUGAUACCGCGGCCGAGCCUUCCCACCUCAAGUCCCCCCGCCGCCCCUGAAUUGGUAGGCUCCACCUCCCGGUAGCCGGCUCCCCAGCCCAGGCGGCCGGGCACUUCCAAACCGCGUGCGGGGGGAGGGAAGUGAAGCGUGAGGGGGACGGUCAGAAAGUCUCAGGGGCAGUUUCCCUUGAGAAGUCACUUUCAGGUUAAUCAUCAUUUCUUAGAAAUGAGCUCUGUUACCGUGUCGAAUUAAAAUCUGUUUGAGCAACCUA